CUUCAUGAGAGAGUGAAGAGCUGUGAGCUGUUUUUAUAUCAAUGUUUCCGCACAUGGUUUCUGUGUGCACAACUAAAAACAAAACACUUUUGUUUACCUGAAAUCGGCGACUUGUCCACUGCCUCACCGUUGUGAAUUUCACUGUGCAUGGUUCAGGGCUCUUUUGAUUACACCCAAGGCGCAAUUUGUUUUUGUUGUGGUGAUUUUUUUCUAGAGUGGGUGUGGGUCGCUAGGUACCUGGUUCCAGGUCCAGCUGAUCGGCUGUUUGUAGAGGAUAAAUGUCGGUGUAUUUCGGGAUUGUCGAUCAGGUUGGAGCUGUUGGCUGGGAGUGAUGUGUCGUGCCUGCUUGUGGCCGGAUUUUUAGUAGCUGAUGCUAUCAUUGAGUUCGCAACGGUCUAAGGAGCUGGCAGCUGCAUGGAUUUUGGCCAUUUGAUUGUGGUAACACUGCGAAAUGACUGGUUCCGAAUGGGGCUUAGUGCUAUCUAGGUUUCAGCGCGAGGGCUAACCGGAAGUAUAUGUGAGCGCCGUACAGCAUCUAGAUUCGAUCUGUUCGACCCCACGCUGACCACUUACGGUUGUGCUUGAAUUUUUAUCUCCUGAUGUGCUGCUUUCUCAUGUGUGCCAUUGUUAGAUGAACUGUGUUGAAUCUGAUCUGAUAUCAUCCCGUCUCGUCCUGCCCCUUGCUUCCAGAGUUUCUAGGUGUUGGACAUCCUUGGCGUCGAGUAGUUAGCCCCGACUCGACUUGUGUUAGAAGUGAUUGCUUUGCGCGUUGAGUAGAGUGAAUUGCGAUUCUGGAUAGUUGUAUUCUUAGUGUGCACCUUGUUUGGUUCGAACUUCUGCGUCUGUUUUGUGCGUAGAUCAGAGUCUGCUUACUGACAUACUAUCACAGUGUUCGACGAGUGGGCCUCGAGGCAUUUUUUUCAUCAUUCACAGCAGGAAGUUUCCUGGAGUUGUUGAUAGUGAUAUCCUACACUGGUGGCGGAAGCGAGCAGAAGUUAUUGAUACAAUCUGGCUCCCCUUCACAGGACCUGGUCGAAGAUUCUGAUUAUCGGAGUAGGAUUUGCCCAGCUGGCGAUUCAAAGUCGUCAGCAGGUCUAGCGGAAAGGACCCAUUGUUGUAACGCAUUUUUCGGUAACCAAGGCAACCGUUUCGCAGGUAGCCUUUUGAACUCAUCAAGUCGGGGCCGUAAUUAAGUCAGAGCUGCGCUUCUAGCAGGUCUAGUAGGUCAGCAUGCGCCGAAUAAAAUUUCCGAGGCAAAAGGCUGGAGUACGUAGCAACAGUAUAUUCCUGAGCGAGAUGAUGAAAGACGACGAUGACAAGAAGAUUCAGGCUCCGGCCGACGAUGUAUGGCUUCCAAAAGGGCGAGGCUCUCAAACCAAGGUGGUGUACUGCUUGUGCUUUAUUGCAGCAGCAUGCACCAUCGCUUUGUGGGGCUUGAACUCCUCCAAGUUGAUCGUGAGUAGAAGCAGCGCUUCGAACUCACCGCCUAUAUACGGCCCAAAUAAAUUGACACCCGAGGAAGUGCGCGAGUAUCUCGCCGAUGUCGACAAGGGAAUGAAGGCGUUUCUGAAUAGUAGCACGCCUUUCACGAAAUUUGGGCCCCCGGUCGUGGAUUGGGACAAGACCCGCAGGGACGCUAUUCGCCGGAGCACGAACUCGUCCAGUGGAGUGAAUCCCAAGCCUCGGAUCAUGAUCAUCACCAGCUCGCAUCCGAAGAAAUGUGAGAACAAGCAAGGAGACCUAAUGCUCUUGAAGUCUAUCAAGAAUAAAAUGGAUUACUGUCGGCUGCAUGGGAUCGAGCUAUACUACAACAUGGACCAUGUCGACACUGAAAUGACGUCGUGGUGGGUGAAAACUUUCCUGACGCAUAUGCUCAUGAAGGAGCACCCCGAAAUCGACUGGUUCUGGUGGAUGGAUAGCGAUGCUAUCUUCACCGACAUGACCUUCGAGCUCCCACUGCACAAAUAUGAGAAGUACAACAUGGUAAUGCACGGAUGGGAAGAUGCUGUGUAUGACAAGCGGAGCUGGUUAGGGCUCAACGCCGGCGUCUACUUGAUCCGAAACUGUCAGUGGUCGAUGGACUUCCUGCACGCUUGGGCACCGAUGAGCCCGAAGGGCAAAAUCCGCGAUGGUGCUGGCGAGUUUCUGACUCUAGCUCUUCCCGAUAGAGGCAAAAGUGAGGCGGAUGACCAGUCGGCGAUUGUGUAUCUCAUGGUGACUGACCGGAAGCGGUGGGGGUCCAAAAUCUUCCUAGAAAGCUCUUUCUACUUCCAGGGCUACUGGAGACAUCUGUCAGGAAGAUUUGAGGAGAUGAUGGCGAAAUACAAGCCAGGUCUGUAUGGUGACGACCGAUGGCCUUUCGUCACGCAUUAUUGUGGAUGUGAAUUUUGCAGUGGGUCGAUUAAUCCUGAAUACACUAGGGAUCAGUGCCUGAUGCACAUGGAGCGGGGCAUCAACUUUGCUGAUAAUCAAAUCAUCGAGAGAUAUGGCCUCCGUCACAAGUCACUAAAGACUCCCGAGGUUGAGCUGACGAGCAAGGACCAGCCCCACAAGAACGAAACCUCUACCGCCAAGGCAGCUCAUUCGAAGAGGACAUAAAGUCAUGUCGACCAUCCACCGUCCAGUGUUGGAUCAUUAAGUAUAUUCCGAAAUCUCCAUGGUUGCAGAACGUUAGCUCUGCAGAGAAGCUAUCCAGAUAUAAGAGAAACUAGCAUAUUCGCUAAGGUUUUCUCUCUGGUAGAGCAGCAUCUGCCUAGUGAUAACAUGGGCGGUGGGCCCUCCAUGUCGAAUUGCGACAAUGGACAAUUCGGCCCGAAGUGUUUAUAUGAUGUUGUUAUUUUACCGAGGCCAUUGAGCACGAAGUAGAGAUGGGAUGAGUAUAAAGCUAAAGGUGAAGAGGAGCCACCAUAUUUACCACUCAAACUAAAGAAAGGUGAAGACCUGUACAUGCUUGAGUUGACAUUUCAUCACGUCCCUAAAUCAUUUGUGGUUGGAGUCCUGAUUGACGAUCAUAAUUUUUAUUCACUAGAUUUAUGAAAUAAAUGGGCGAUGCUGUCAUGUUCAUGCUUCGAACUUCUGAAUUAA